AUGUCGCCGGCCAUGUGGAAAUGGACUUGCCUGGUUUCUCACCUCCUGCUGUCCACCACAGUGUCACCUCUGGGCAGACAGCAGCCACCCCAUCCAAAGAGGCCCUUCAUCACCUUCACUGGAGAGCAAGCAGAGGGAAACUUCAACCACUUGGUGGUGGACGAAAGGACUGGGCACAUUUACUUGGGGGCUGUCAACAGGAUCUACAAACUCUCCAGUGACCUGAAGGUCCUGGUGACCCAUGAGACUGGUCCUGAUGAUGACAAUCCCAAGUGUUAUCCUCCCAGGAUAGUCCAAACCUGCAAUGAACCCUUGACGCCCACCAACAACAUAAACAAAAUGCUCCUCAUAGACUACAAGGAGAAUCGGUUGAUAGCCUGUGGGAGUCUGUACCAAGGCAUCUGCAAGCUCCUGAGGCUGGAUGACCUCUUCAAGCUGGGAGAGCCCUUCCACAAGAAGGAGCAUUACCUCUCUGGGGUGAACGAGAGUGGCUCUGUUUUUGGAGUCAUUGUUUCUUACAGCAACAUGGACGACAAGCUGUUCAUCGCCACAGCCGUGGAUGGCAAGCCGGAGUAUUUCCCCACCAUCUCCAGCAGGAAGCUCACCAAGAACUCUGAGGCUGAUGGGAUGUUUGCAUAUGUCUUUCACGACGAGUUUGUGGCCUCCAUGAUCAAGAUCCCCUCAGACACCUUUACCAUCAUCCCCGACUUUGAUAUCUACUACAUCUACGGCUUCAGCAGUGGGAACUUUGUCUACUUCCUGACUCUGCAGCCUGAGAUGAUCUCCCCACCCGGCUCCACCACGAAGGAGCAGGUUUAUACCUCCAAGCUGGUGAGGCUUUGUAAGGAGGACACGGCCUUUAACUCCUACGUGGAGGUGCCCAUUGGCUGUGAGAAGAACGGGGUGGAAUAUCGAUUGCUGCAGGCUGCCUACUUGUCCAAGGCUGGAGCCAUCCUGGCCAGGUCUCUGGGAGUUGGCCCUGAGGAUGAUAUCCUCUUCACAGUCUUCUCCAAGGGGCAGAAAAGGAAGAUGAAGUCCUUGGAUGAGUCUGCUCUUUGCAUCUUUGUCCUGAAGAACAUCAACGACCGCAUCAAGGACAGGCUGCAGUCCUGCUACAGGGGAGAGGGGACGUUAGAUCUGGCCUGGCUCAAGGUCAAGGACAUUCCCUGUAGCAGCGCGCUGUUAACAAUUGAUGACAAUUUCUGUGGCCUGGAUAUGAAUGCCCCCUUGGGAGUAUCAUCCAUGGUGCGAGGGCUCCCCAUUUUCACAGAGGAUGGGGACAGGAUGACCUCGGUGAUUGCCUACGUCUACAAGAACCACUCCCUGGCUUUUGUGGGCACCAAGAGUGGGAAGCUCAAGAAGAUCCGUGUGGAUGGCACCAGCAAGAACACGCUGGAGUACGAGAUCGUGCAGGUGGUGGACACUGGCCCCAUCCUCCGGGACAUGGCCUUCUCCAUGGACCACGAGCAUCUCUACAUCAUGUCUGAGAAGCAGCUCACCAGGGUGCCUGUGGAGUCGUGCAGCCAGUACGAGACCUGCAGCGAGUGCCUGGGCUCGGGAGACCCGCACUGCGGAUGGUGUGUCCUCCACAACACCUGCACGAGGAAGGAGCGGUGCGAGCGCUCCAGCGAGCCGCGCAGAUUCGCCUCGGAGAUGAAGCAGUGCGUCCGCCUCACCGUGCACCCCAACAACAUCUCCGUGUCCCAGUACAAUGUUCUGCUGGUCUUGGAGACCUACAACGUCCCCGAGCUGUCUGCAGGAGUCAACUGCACCUUUGAGGACCUCUCGGAGAUGGAUGGGCUGGUGGUGGGCAGCCAGAUCCAGUGCAUCUCUCCAGCUGCCAAGGAGGUGCCCCAGAUCAUCACAGAGAAUGGUGACCAUCACAUUGUCCAGCUGCAGCUCAAGUCCAAGGAAACGGGGAUGACCUUUGCCAGCACCAGCUUUGUCUUCUACAACUGCAGCGUCCACAACUCGUGCCUGUCGUGUGUGGAGAGCCCCUACCGCUGCCACUGGUGCAAGUACCGGCACGUGUGCACCCACGACCCCAGCUCCUGCUCCUUCCAGGAGGGACGAGUCAAGAUGCCCGAGGACUGUCCCCAGCUGCUGCAGGCCGGGAAGAUCCUGGUGCCCGUGGAGGUGAUCAAACCCAUCACUCUGAAGGCCAAGAACCUGCCCCAGCCCCAGUCAGGCCAGCGGGGCUACGAGUGCAUCCUGAACAUCCAGGGCAGCGAGCAGAGGGUGCCGGCCCUGAGGUUCAACAGCUCCAGCGUGCAGUGCCAGAACACCUCGUACUCGUACGAAGGGAUGGAGAUUAACAGCCUGCCAGUGGAGCUGACAGUCGUGUGGAACGGGAAUUUCAACAUUGACAACCCAGCACAGAACAAAGUUCACCUGUACAAGUGCGGGGCCAUGCGGGACAGCUGCGGACUCUGCCUGAAAGCCGACCCCGACUUCGAGUGUGGCUGGUGCCAGGGACAGAACCAGUGCACGCUGAAGCAGCACUGCCCAGCCCAGGACAGCCAGUGGCUGGAGCUCUCCAGCACCAAGGGCAAGUGCACCAACCCCAAGAUCACGGAUAUCAACCCCGUGACAGGCCCUCGUGAGGGAGGCACCAGAGUGACCAUCCGUGGGGAGAACCUGGGGCUGGAAUUCCAGGAUAUCGCCUCCCACGUCAAAGUGGCCGGCGUGGAGUGCAAGCCCCUGGUGGAAGGGUACAUCCCAGCAGAGCAGAUCGUAUGUGAGAUGGGGGAGGCCAAGCCCAGCCAGCACGCCGGAUUCGUGGAAAUCUGCGUGGCCGAGUGCAAGCCCGAGUUCAUGGCCAGGUCUUCUCAGCUCUACUACUUCAUGACUCUGACCCUGUCUGACCUGAAGCCGAAGCGAGGACCAGUGUCGGGUGGCACCCAGGUGACAAUCACAGGCAACAACCUCAACGCUGGCAGCAAUGUCAUUGUGACCUUUGGGAGACAGCCCUGCCUCUUCUACAGGAGAUCCACCAAGCACAUUGUCUGUAACACCACAGCCUCCUACGAAGGCUUUGAGAAGGUGAAGGUGUCUGUGAGAGUGGACAAGGCCAAGAUCCAUCAGGAGCUGCACUAUGAAUAUGUAGAGGAUCCCACCAUCCUGAGGAUCGAGCCUGAGUGGAGCAUCUUUAGUGGCAACACUCCCAUUGCUGUGUGGGGAACUCACCUGGACCUCAUCCAAAACCCCCAGAUCCGAGCAAAGCACGGUGGAAAGGAGCAUGUCAAUAACUGUGAGGUGCAGAACAGCACAGAGAUGACCUGCCAGGCCCCAGCUCUGGCUGUGGACCCCAAUCACCAGUCUGAGCUCGCCGAGCGCCCGGAGGAGUUUGGCUUCAUCCUUGACAAUGUGCAGUCCCUGCUGAUCCUCAACAAAACCAACUUCACCUACUACCCCAACCCUAUCUUCGAGGUUUUCAAUCCCUCAGGGAUCCUGGAGCUGAAGCCUGGAAGUCCCAUCAUCCUGAAGGGCAGGAAUCUGAUCCCACCUGUGGCAGGAGGCAAUGCCAGGCUGAACUACACCGUGCUGGUGGGGGAGAAGCCCUGUGCGGUGACCGUGUCAGACGUGCAGCUCCUCUGUGAGUCCCCAAACCUCAUUGGGAGGCACAAGGUGAUGGCUCGUGUAGGAGGGAUGGAGUUCUCCCCAGGGAUGGUCUACAUCUCCCCAGACAGCCCUCUCAGCUUGCCAGCCAUCGUCAGCAUCGCGGUGGCCGGCGGGCUGCUCAUCAUCUUCAUCGUGGCCGUGCUGAUCGCCUACAAGCGCAAGUCCAGGGAGAGCGACCUCACCCUCAAGCGCCUGCAGAUGCAGAUGGACAACCUGGAGUCCAGGGUGGCCCUGGAGUGCAAAGAAGCCUUUGCAGAGCUGCAGACAGACAUCCAUGAGCUGACAAGUGACCUGGAUGGAGCUGGGAUCCCUUUCCUUGACUACCGAACCUACACGAUGAGAGUCCUUUUCCCUGGCAUUGAAGAUCACCCAGUCCUGAGGGAUUUGGAGGUCCCUGGCUACCGUCAGGAGCGGGUGGAGAAGGGCCUGAAGCUCUUUGCCCAGCUCAUCAACAACAAGGUGUUCCUGCUGUCCUUCAUCCGCACGCUGGAGUCGCAGCGCAGCUUCUCCAUGCGCGACCGCGGCAACGUGGCCUCGCUGAUCAUGACGGUGCUGCAGAGCAAGCUGGAGUACGCCACCGACGUCCUCAAACAGCUCCUGGCCGACCUCAUCGACAAGAACCUGGAGAGCAAGAACCACCCCAAGCUGCUGCUACGGAGGACAGAGUCUGUGGCUGAGAAAAUGCUCACCAACUGGUUCACCUUCCUCCUCUACAAGUUCCUCAAGGAGUGUGCUGGAGAGCCUCUCUUCUCCCUUUUCUGUGCCAUCAAGCAGCAGAUGGAGAAGGGCCCCAUCGACUCCAUCACGGGGGAGGCGCGGUACUCGCUGAGCGAGGACAAGCUCAUCCGGCAGCAGAUCGACUACAAGACCCUGGUGCUGAGCUGCGUGAACCCCGACAACGUGAACAGCCCCGAGAUCCCGGUGAAGAUCCUCAACUGCGACACCAUCACCCAGGUCAAGGAGAAGAUCCUGGAUGCCAUCUUCAAGAACGUGCCCUGCUCCCACCGGCCCAAAGCUGCUGACAUGGACCUGGAGUGGCGGCAGGCGAGCGGGGCGAGGAUGAUCCUUCAGGAUGAGGACAUCACCACCAAGAUAGAGAACGACUGGAAGAGACUCAACACCCUGGCACACUACCAGGUCCCAGAUGGAUCUGUGGUGGCUUUGGUCUCCAAGCAAGUCACUGCCUACAACGCAGUCAACAACUCCACGGUGUCCCGGACGUCAGCCAGCAAGUAUGAAAACAUGAUCCGCUACACGGGCAGCCCCGACAGCCUCCGCUCGCGCACCCCCAUGAUCACCCCCGACCUGGAGAGCGGCGUCAAGAUGUGGCACCUGGUCAAGAACCACGAGCAUGGAGACCAAAAAGAGGGUGACCGAGGCAGCAAGAUGGUUUCUGAGAUCUACCUGACCAGGUUACUGGCCACCAAGGGCACCCUCCAGAAAUUUGUGGACGACCUCUUUGAGACCAUCUUCAGCACUGCCCACCGUGGCAGUGCCCUCCCCCUGGCCAUCAAGUACAUGUUUGAUUUCCUGGAUGAGCAGGCAGACAAGCACAACAUCCACGACCCCCACGUGAGGCACACCUGGAAGAGCAACUGCCUCCCCUUGCGGUUCUGGGUCAACAUGAUCAAGAACCCCCAGUUUGUGUUCGACAUUCACAAAAACAGCAUCACAGACGCCUGCCUGUCCGUGGUGGCUCAGACCUUCAUGGACUCCUGCUCCACCUCAGAGCACCGCCUGGGCAAAGACUCCCCCUCCAACAAGCUCCUCUACGCCAAGGACAUCCCCAGCUACAAGAACUGGGUGGAAAGGUACUACUCAGACAUUGCCAAGAUGCCAGCAAUCAGUGACCAGGACAUGAAUGCUUACCUGGCUGAGCAGUCCCGCAUGCACAUGAACGAGUUCAACACCAUGAGCGCGCUCUCCGAGAUCUACUCCUACGUGGGCAAGUACAGCGAGGAGAUUCUCGGAGCCCUCGAUCAAGACGACCAGGCUGGGAAACAGAAACUUGCCUACAAACUUGAACAAGUUAUAACCCUCAUGAGCAUAGACAGCUGAGAACUGUCCUGCCAGGGACACCCUGGGAAGGAUAAACCAAGUCGUGCCUCACUCAAGAUCAUCAUCUUUACCAAGUGCAAGUUUUGAUGGGCUGUAAGCAGAGUCACCCGAACAGCGCUCCUCUCUCUCUCUCUCUCCUCCCCCUCUCUCUUUCUCUCUUUUCCUUCUCUUUCCAAAUCUAUGGACAAAGCAACAGAGCCCCAGGGGUUAAAAGAAAAGACUGCAGAGGAAUCUUGGCUCUGGGGCCAUGAAGACAUUUGGGUGGAGCUCUCCUUUUCACAGCUUCCCCUCUGCCUUUUGCCCUAGAGAGAAACUAUUGAACACACACGAAAACCCCACCAACCCUCGCCCAGCAUCGCAUCCUCGCUCUGCAGAGGUGAAACUGGGAGGUAACUUCUGUCAUGCUGCUUUAACUGCCCUCUGAGGGCUGUAGCCUCUGGAGAGGACAUGGAAAUGAACUCAGUAUUACUCAAGUGUCCCCAAGGGGAAGGCAGCGUGCCUGCAGGGCAGAGCCAAUCCAGCUCCUCUCCUGCAGAGCCAUUGCAAUUCUAUCCCUCGAUAGCGACCCUCUGGGAGAGGAGGCUCCCCAAAAAAUGCCACAGCUUUGUCCAGAGCAGGGCC